UCUAAUGAAUGGUUCGUUCUAUAUAUAAUGUCAGGUGUUGUGUUUUCCUAGCGAUUCGAAGGUCAUUGCCGUGGGAAGCUGGAUCCUUCGCACGGAAAUCAACUUGCGGGAAAGAUCUGCCCAAAAGCUGAUAUGUCUUGUCUUAUCUUCAUCUCGUUUGCGGGCAAUCGAUGGCAAUGCCCGGUUUCUCUCCCAACUCUGGUGCUUCUCCCGGCGACAGUUCUGUCCGCCUUAUGCCACAUGACGAGGCCUGCGCUGACGCAGGGUUCAUCGCGCUUCAGGUUCCACUCAUCGCGCUCAUUGAUGAUGUCUUUGGUAUCUUUCUUGUCUUCCUCUUGACAUCCUGCUCGUAUUUCUCUUUCUAUAUAUGUCAUUUUUCUAUAGUCCACCGUCUCGUGAUCUGGCUUGAUGAUCACGGGCGUCAAGAUGUGUCCCCCUUAUUUAUACACACGUGUUUUCUGCUCCUAUGGGAUAGCUGUCCGAUACGUUUAUCAACCUCCUCAACCGAUUCGGUGAGAAAAGUGUCGAGAACGCUGGAGAACGGUAUCACUAUCCUGGAAUUCGCCUGCAGUGAGAGCAGCCGCAAAGAUUUUCAUCAGCGGUCGUGGCGAAGCGUGCAGACUGGCCACACACUACCCUCGUGGUCUUCGUGGGCGGCUUCAGCCAGGCACCGUAAAUGGUCAACAGUCCCAGGCAGACCCUAGCACACCCAAAUCGGUCGAUUAUACCUCGUUGAAACAGACCCUGUGAUAUCUGAUGCCGCCUAUGGCCUAAAUCACCAAGAUACUAAGGGAUUACACUUUUGUCUGACUUCCAGGCCCGAAACGAUGGCUGCACCUCUGUGUCACAAGGAGUACGCGC